UUUUAAUAUUUUAGAUUUAAAAAAAAAUCAACCAUAUAGUUGUUUAGGCAUGGUUUUAAGAAAACCAAAAAGAAAUUUAGUGUUUUAAAAAAUGAAUAUAGCAGAUUUUCCAGAUAUUUUGAAGGAUGCUUGCCUCAAUAAUGAUGUUGAUAAAUUGUCCCAAUGCAUAUUAAUUGACAAAGUGUUAACAAUAAAACUUCUGAAGGGAGAUGAUUUUUACAAGGUUAAAAAUAUGUUUGGUCUUGAACCCAUUCCUAAUAGCUACAUGUAUAUUGCUUGUGAACAUAAUAGCUUUGAGAUCGUCAAGCAGUUGCUUUUACAUGGUGUUUGUGAUGUCAGUUCACCAUCAAUAAAAAAUAAAUCGCCUAUACUUGUUGCUUGUGAAAAAGGAAGUUUAGAGUGUCUUAAGGAAAUGGUAUCAUUUGGAAUUUCUCUUCAUCCAUCAAAUACAGUAACAAAAGACUCAUGUAUUUAUGUUGCAACAUUUUUUGGUCAAACAUGUGUAGUUGAGUAUAUAGUGAACUCAAAUCAUGAUAUAUUAGAAAAGGUUUUUGAAGGUGGAUUAGGACAAAGCCCUGAUAUAAGCUAUGCUGACAUUUGGGUAGGAUUAUCAAGUGUUGCGAAAACAGAAAAGAAGAUUAAAUCAGGUAGUCUUCUACUUUAUAUUGCAUGCCUAUUGAAGCAUUUUGAUAUUGUUAAGUUUUUGUUAGCACAAGGUGUUAAUGCAAAUGAACAACUACUGUCAACAAAAAGUUUUUAUUCAAGCAUGUAUGUACCUCUUGCUGUGGCUUGUAAAAAUAAUGAUCUGAAGAUUGCAGAAAUCUUAUUUGAAAAUGGAGCUGAAAUUACUUCUUCAAUUGCUAAUCAAUAUCCUGAUACUACAGCUUUAUUAUUGCAAAGUCAUGUUAAAAUAUCAUCUGAGUGUGAUAAUAGUGAAGGUAAUUUUAAUUUUAUAAACACAAGUUCAGAGUGCUAUUCAUUAUGCUGGAGUAAUCUUCGACUGCAUAAGCUUCAUAGACACUGGCUUUCAAAUAAUUCAGAAAAUAUAUAUAUGCUUGACUUGCAUGAUAAUUCUAUUGAAGAUAUUCCAUUUGAUUUUUUUAUCUUGCUGCCCAAUAUUAAAGAAGUAGAUUUGUCUUGUAAUUUACUAAGAAAAUUUCCUGAUCAAAAUGCAAACCUUUCUAAAAUUAUAAAGGUGGUUGCACGUAAAAAUAAGCUAAAGAUAUUGCCACUUUCAUUGUUUAACAAUCCAAAUAUUACUCAUAUUGAUUUCUCAGCUAAUGAAAUUAUUAAUUUGCCAACACACCCUGAAAAGUUAUGGGAAUGUACUAUGUUAAAAUAUUUGAGGUUAUCUAACAAUAAAAUUAUUUCUAUUCCAUCAUCGAUUUCUGGAGCUAAUAGUUUAGAAAAACUGUAUCUCAAUGAUAACUUAAUUCAGAGUUUUGAAUGUUCUUGGAAAUGCCCUCUGAGUGAACUAGAUCUUUCAAACAACCAACUUGUAGAGUUUUGCCCAUCUUUUCAAAUACAAUGGUCUGAUACUCUUAUCAAAUUGAAUCUUUCCAAAAACCAAAUAGAAUCCAUUUCAUCUAGUAUAUGCCAUCUUCAAAAUCUUCAUUAUCUUGAUUUAAGUUUUAACACUCUAAGAGUUCUGCCACCACCAGAUUUAUGGAAAUGUGAAUCCUUAUGCAAGCUUAAUCUUUCCCAUAACUUGUUAUCUGCAUCUACUCAUACCGAUGGUUUUGUUGGUGUUGAUAUGAACAAACUUGUAGAAGCCAUGGGGGCUAACAGUAAUUUGUCUGUUAUUACUUCUUGCGAGUUUCCAGUAGAAAUAUUUUCAGAAAAUCUUACCAAUUUAGAUUUGAGUUAUAAUUUGUUAGAAAACAUUCCUGAAUCUUUAUAUUUUCUUAUAAAUAUACAAGAGUUGAAUCUUAGCAACAAUCCUUGCCUUACUGUUCUUCCUGCUGAGCUAAGUCUGUUGAAAAAUGUAUGGAACUUGAGACUCUCUGGCCUCAAUAUACCAGAUCUUCCUUUUGAGCUUAAUGAUAAAAAUCUAGCAAAGCAAGUUAUGCCUUACUUAUGUGCCAAACUUCGAAAGUCCGUUUCUUUUAACAGAAUGAAAUUAAUGGUUGUUGGUUUGCAGGCACGAGGAAAAACAACAUUGGUUGCAACACUUCAAGGAAAGAAACCUCCUCCAAACAUUUCAACAGUUGGAAUAUCAGUUGAACAGUGGAGUCUUGCUUUGCCACAAAGACUUUCUAUUAGUUUCUGGAGAGACACAUCAAACAAUGAAGAGAUUAAGUUUAGUUGUUGGGAUUUAGCAGGUCAGCAUGUUUAUUAUGCAACACAUCAGUGCUUUUUGACUUCAAAUACUCUCUACUUGAUUGUUUUUAAUGUAACGCAUGGUCGAGAAGGGGUAGACUCGCUUGCACCAUGGUUGUUAAAUAUACAGUCUAGAGCUCCACUGUCACGUGUUAUAAUUGUUGGUACACACAUUGAUUGUCUACCUGUUGAAAGUAAAGCAUCAACUCUUUCAAGGUUGAAAGAUGAAAUACUUAUGAAAUACGAUAAGAAAGGAUUUCCUCUUAUUGCUAACUGUAAUUUUGUCUCUAAUAUCACAAGUGAAGGUCUUGUUGAUCUUAGAAUUGAAAUAUAUAACGUUGCUAAACUGAUCAAUGAAUCUAGUAGUCAUGGGCUAUCCAGAAAAAAGGCUCCUUUAAGUUAUAUUCAAUUAUAUGACCGCAUACUAAAAGAAAAUGAAGCUAGGAAGGAAAAACUCCUACCACCAAUUCUUAAUACUGAUGAAAUGUUACAGCUUGCUCAACAAAAUCCUGACAAUGAUAUUUAUACUGUGGAGGAGUUAGUGACAGCUUCAAAAUUUCUUCAUGAAAAUGGAAUUUUAUUGCACUUUAAUGAUCACAUGCGUGAACUGAACACAUUAUAUUUUAUUGAUCCAUCAUGGCUUUGUGAAAUGCUUUCACUUGUAGUAACUGUGAGAGAGCGUAAUCCAUUUGUUUUAGAUGGAUAUAUAAAAAAAACAGAUUUGUUAUUAGUACUCAGAAAUCCUCGUUUACCAGAAAAAUUUAUUCCUCAGUAUUUACGCUUACUUGAAAGAUUUGAAAUUGUGUUACAAUUGGAUGAUGAGAGAUUUUUGAUUCCUUCAAUGCUUCCAAUUAAAAAACCUGAUGAUGUUGAUUGCAUUUUGCAAUUUAGUUAUGAAAAUAUUAAAAGAAAUUAUUUCAUGCACUACAUACCACCUGGAUUUUGGAGCCGACUUAUUGCACGAACUAUUAUUGCUCUUACGAGGUGGGGAACAGGUUUAAGUGCUGAAGUAAACGAAGAAGAUUACAAGACAAUAUUUUGGAGAGAAGGAAUUCUUGUUUUAUUCAACAAUUGUUAUUUCCUUGUUGAAAGUUUUGUUGAAAAUUUAGACAAUGUUGAUCAAGUUGAAAAAGGUAUUGCAAUUACUGUUGCAUCACAACAACGCAAUUAUUCUGCUAUGGCAUUUAUUGUUGAUCAUUUAGAUGCGUUAAUAACAGAGUGGUAUCCAGGGCUUGAAGAUGUUGAUGAAUUUGGUGAUUCACUUGUCAGCAAAUUGAUUCCUUGUCCUAUAUGUGUUUCCAAGCUUGAAAACAAUUCUCUUCAUAAAAAGUAUUCUUUUACUUUAAAUGUUUGUGCAUUAGCUGCAGUAAAUCAUCAACACAUCUUGUGUGCUAGACAUCCAGAUGUUUCUGUUCCUUUGAAUUUACUUGUACCUGAUUUGUUGUUAACUGAUUUACCUUCUGAGUUUGUAAUUUCUUCAAACAAUUUGGAUUUUAACACAGCUGAAAGUAAUCGAUUAGGUGAAGGGGGUUCAGGUGGUGUUUAUUUAGGUAGAUACAAGGACAAACAAGUUGCAAUCAAACAGUUUCAUUCUGCUACUACCUCCAGAAAAUUGACUAUAACAUCAGAAGAUGUAGAAACAAGUUCUAUGUAUAUACCAGAGACAGAAUCUUCUUUAAAAAUGCAAAUUGAAGAUACAAAAGUCCUGAAAGGAUUCUCGGAACUCAGACAAGAGGUUGCUAUACUGUGUCGCCUUAAACAUCCAAAUAUUGUGAAUUUUAUUGGAGUAUGUUAUAGACCAUUUUGCUUUCUGCUAGAACUUGCUCCAUUGGGAAGUCUACACUCUACUCUUGUUAAAACUAAAAAUGAUAAAGAUCAUUCAUCUAUGGUUGGUCCACUGUUAGGAGAGCUUCUCACUCUUAAAAUUGCUUUACAGGUUGCUAGGGCUUUGAAUUACCUGCAUGACUCCGAAAUUGUUUAUAGAGAUUUGAAGUCUGACAAUAUUCUUUUGUGGUCAUUAAAUGAAAAUGAUUGCAUUAAUGUAAAGUUGUCUGAUUAUGGUAUUUCAACAUUUGCUACUCCUCAAGGAGUUAUUGGUGAAGGGGGAACGCCUGGGUUUCAGGCUCCUGAAGUUAAAACUGGUUGCUCAUAUGAUGAAAAGGUCGACAUGUUUUCUUAUGGUAUUUGGUUAUAUGAACUUGUGUCAGGUAAUCGACCUUAUAAAGAAUAUCGAUCUCCUUCUGAAAUGAAGCGAGCUGUACAGAGAGGUGUUAGACCAAGUUUAUACAAAGAUAAGAUUGAUUUAAAGAUGCCUUAUAUUGAAGAACUUAUGAAGGAUUGUUGGCAAGAAAAACCUAAUCAGAGACCUUCUGCUUAUGAAGUAGUAAGCCGGUUACAGAACAUAUCAACAUAUCUUUUAAAACAUAUAUUGGAAGAUACAAAUUGUUUAAAUAAAAUUACAUGUGUUAGUAAAUGGUUACCAGAAAAUUGUUGUGAAUUGAAAAAUCAACCUUUGCUAUUGUUAUGGUGUCAAGAAAAUAGCAAUAGAAUAUGUAUCGUGGUUGACAUUGAGAAUAAACUUGUUGUCAAAAAAGUAGCUUGUGCUGGUCCUCGUGUUUUAUGUUUGUUGCAAGUUGAAAAGUUUAUUUGGUUGGGAACUGAGGGUGAACAAAUAGAAGUGUUUGGGCCAAUAGGAUCAACAGAAGAGCGCAUUUUAUGGAGUAUACCUCUAAAAGAUCAUGUUAUGAGUAUGAUUUUAUACCAACAUCAGAAGCACAUAAAAGUUCUAGCAUCUCUUGCAAAUGGUACUCUUGCAGUGUUUAGAAGACUACAGACUUAUUUACAUGAGAAAUUAUCAAAAUUUAGUCGAAAAGCAGAUAUAGUUGAUUUUGAGAAAAGAAAAUGGUCAGAUGUUAAUUUGAUUGACUUAGAGACAAAGCUACCUGCAAAAUGUAUGGUGCUCACUCAAUUUAAUACUGAAUUAUGGGUAGGCUCAGGUAAUAAGAUAGUAGUUGUUGAUCCUUUGUCUUUGAAAAUAAUUGAAUGCAUAGAAGCACUACGAACACGUCACUCUUUAAUCACUGCUAUGGUUACAGAUGAAAGUAAUGUAUGGAUUACUUAUCGACGUUCAUCUAUUGUUACUCAAUGGUGUGUAAACACACGUUGUUUACUGUAUUCAUUUCAAUGUAAUAGUUUGAAUCCUCUUUCUCAAAUGCUUUUUACUAAAUCAGCACCACAUAUUGAAAAACAAGAAACAAGUUUAUUAUCUCCUGAAUCUCCCGAAUCUUCCGAAUCCUUACCUCCUGAUUUUAAGACCAAAGUUAGUUUUUUUAAAACAAUAUCAAAUAAUUCAGAUAUAGAAAAUGAUGCUGAUGGUUUUUUAGUUUCUUGCGAUAGUUUUACAUUUAACAAUGUUCAAGAAUUGUCUGAAUCAUCUGUAAUAAAAAAUUUGUGUGACGUAGAAGAAUCCUUACCUGAAUCAUCUUUAAUAAAAAAAUUUAAGCAUAGCCAGGGUUUAAUCUUUAAAACAUUUAAAAAUAAUUCAAUUAAAAAAAAAAUCAUAAACACAGUUGAUGUUGAUGAUUCUAGUAUUUUGCGUCCAAGAACAUCAGCUUUGUCAAAGAAAACAAAUAAUGAAAAUUGUUAUGUUACUUGUUUAUAUUAUAAUGGAAAUGCAUUAUGGAUAGGUCGGUCACUUGGAGAUAUUAUAAUUUUAAAUACUAAAAUAAAUAAUGAAAAAUUUGGCUGUGUGAUUGCUCACCUUGAUAAAAUGUAUGAUAAACAGUUGAACAAAAGCAUACGGUCAACUAUUGCUUUUGCGCCAUUGAAAGAGUAUAAUUGCUUAGUAUCUGUUAUCCGAAUAGAAGAUAAUGUUUUAGAAAAGUGUCAACUUUAUCAUUAUAAAGCUAUGAACAUAGAUGAACUUUUUGAUGUUGAGAACAAACUUUUUAGAGAAUUUAGUUUAUGAUACAAAUAUUUUUAAUAGAUUUUUAUAAAACAAUUUUUUUUGAAUUAUGUGUUUAAAAUUAUUUU